AUGGAGAUCAGCUAUCUGGACAAGCAAAGGGAUAUGAAAAUGGUAAAGAAUGUCCAGAUAUAUGAUGAAAAACUAAGAACAAAGAAAACAAAGGAGUUCCUCUACACAGUAGCUCUUGCCUUCCCCAACUACAAUGGAGACCAACCAGCUGGUGAUGGACUCCUAUUCUUCAAGAUAGGCGAUGCCAAAGGACGCAUCUCCAUCUCAGCUCUAUGCCAACUCUUUGGACUUCCCAAUGAGACAGCACAUGACUUCAAGGAGAACUCAAAGAGGAAACAAGCUGUCUUUGCUGAUUGGACACACUUUGCCAAUGAACCAUUCUUGCCUUCAAGAUCAAAGGUGUCUAGAAUCACUCAUCCAGCCAUUCGCUAUGUGCACCGCCUCAUCUCCACCACUUUCCAAUGCAAACAAGAAGCCAACAAGGUCACAACCGAUGAGUUCUACAUCCUCACCACGCAUUUCAUCAAGAAUAACAUCCUAAAACCAUGA